CGACGGUGGGAAGGCGCGAGAGCAGUGCUGGGCGGGAAAUUGUAACGCAAACACCUCUAUAGAAAUUAUCGACUCGUGCUGUGCUUGAAAUAAAAAUAAAACAAUAAUAUUAACUGUUAAGAAAUUUCAUCUGGCCUUACCAUGAAGAUGUGGCGACGGUUAAUAAUAGUUUUGCCGUUAAUUCUUUCUAUUACUGCAAUAAAAGUUCCAGUUGAUGAUAAGGAGGAUGAUACCACCGAAGCAGUCUCCUCAACUUCGAACGACAGUCAAAAACCUAUAAAUUAUUACACGCAAGACGAUACGAAUUUAGAUAGUUACCUUAUACCUCCAAAUCCCCAUCAAUCCCAUGAGGUGCUUCCCGAUUCUGUCAUAACGCCAGCCACUUACCUAUUGCCACCGUCAUCAGAACAGCAGCCUGGGUAUUAUUAUCCAUCAACGGAACCUGGCGAACAAAGUGAUUGGUACCCCAUUGCUCAGGGUAAACCAAUUCCACUGCAAACGCCAUCUAUUUUGCCUCCACUAAGAAUAGAGACCGAAGUACCGGUAUUUUCAACCAAUCCGAAGGAAUCUAAAAAAUUGAGAGGUAUAAGGGUUGGAAGGGUGAGGGAUUUGGAAAAGUUCGAGCCUCGCAAGCCUAUUCUUAACCUUGAACCACCAUCUGUUAGUGCGCCUGAUGAAUACGCAUUCAAGACUCCCUCUGAACAGCUAGAGCUUCCGUUUGAAGAAACAUUACACGUAAAACCGUCUAACUUCAAACCACCUUAUGUAGAUAGUGAUAGCAGAAAUCACCUUCAAACCCAUAGCAUUAAUCCUAUUGAACCAACUUUGGCAUUGCAUUUGGUACCACCGAAACCAUUAUCAAAACAUAAAGUGCCCACAAAAUUAUAUCCAAAGAAAUAUCCGGGUGAAUUUAAGCCCGUUUCCAUUCCAAUAGCACAAUUUGCAGAUGAUCUAAUAGAAAUUCCAAAAGCUAAACCCGUAAAGCCUUUCCAUCCAAUUGCAAAUAUUGAAAACGAUUUUGUUCCCCAAUUAGACGACAAAAGGAUAUUUUUAUAUCAACAAGCCGAAGAGAAACGGAAACUGAAAAACGAAAUUCAAGUUCCACAGCAUCAACAUUUCGAGAGCGGUCCCUUGCAAUCGUACACUGAAGCUAUACCAUCGGAACAAGAUGUGUCAGAGACGCAUUACGCAUCGCCUGGCCGGAAUGCUUACCCCGCGCCUCUUCGUCAAGCUCCACCAACGCCAGCCCAACGUAAUUCGAAGUCGUCUCCGGCGCCUGACGAGAGAACAGAAUUCCGUAUGCACGGCAUGAAAGGGCCACAUAGCUAUCAAUUUGGCUACGACACUGGAAAGGGCAAAAACCGCCAAUUCCGUUACGAAGAGCGAGACAAUGACGGUCUGAUCAAGGGGCAUUACGGUUACAUGGAUAAGCGCGGUAAACUAAGAGUUGUUAAUUAUAGCGCUCAUCCCGAAUUGGGUUUCCAUGCCGAAGCACCGGUAGAGACAGAACAAUAGAUCCAUAACAAUUUAUAUCGAUAGUAGAAACAUUAUCGAUUCUAAACGAUGCGUAUCGAUAUUUCGUAUAAUCGAUGUAUUCGGAUCAUUUUAAUUGAUUUUUAUUUAUAAAUGAAUAGGUGAACAAAGCUAUUCUAAAUAAUGUAAAUAUUAUUAUUUCUUUUGAUCGUUGAUAUGCAAAAGUAAAACCUAUUUUGUUUUAUGUACGGUUUUUUAUGUACCAAUGUUUUUGGUUCUAAAAUAAAGUAUAUUUUGUAAACUUAGUGUCAUAUAGUCAAUUAAGAUUUAGUUAAUGCGCAAUAUUUAAUUUGUAUUAUAAUAUGUAGGUAAGGAUUUGUUGUUUAUUGGAUCGAAGGUUGAAUAUUAAAAAAAAUAUCUAUAA